AUAAUAAUAUUGUAAUAAAAGAACCACUUAAGAAAGACUGUAACAGUCAACUCAACUAUACAGCUUGAAACGAAAGACGACUUUUCUCACAUCAAAUCGUCUUCUAAUGUUUGCGAUCUCAUCCAACCCCCAAAGGCUGCCUUUCCAUCAUCAAAUUGAUUUUCUGCGUUUGUAGUUCAUGAGAAUCCGUUUACUGAUUUUAUCACCAAACUGGGUUCGUAACGGAUGAAGAUCGGAGAGUUGCUGCUGUCGGAACUGCUUCUGUCUCUUCCAGAAGAUGUCUUUGCUCUCAUCUCUCGUCUUCUUUCACCAAGCGACGUUUGUAACCUAAGCCUAUGCUGCAAAACUCUCCGCGACCUUGUUGAUUCAGAGAAGAUAUGGCUUGUGCAAUGCGAAGUCGUAAAGGUUCUUCCUUUAUCCGAAAUAGUCCAGUGGCGAACAGGGAUCUCUUCUUACAAGUCUCUUUGUCGGUUUCUCGUAGAGGUAAUGAAGCCUCUUGUUGGGGUUUGGGUUCACCAAAACCCUGAACUUGGGAAUGUUGUUUAUGUUAUGUCUGGUUUCUUGUCUGUUAUUGGUUGUCGGAUCAUUCCACAAGAAGUUGGUUCUUUGGGGAUCCAAGAAGGUAGGCUUAUGUGGUCACCUGUGUUUGAGAUAGUCUCUGGUUUCGAUGGCUCUGCGAAGUUUUUCCUCCACGGGGUAGAUAGAGAAAGCAGUUUCUUGUACCCUGGUUUCGUUACUGGCAUUGAUAAGUGCUGUAAUGUGCUUCUCCUCGAGGUUGAGCCGAAGAGACGAGAGAUUGAGAGAACAGAGAAGGUUCGGUUUCCGUUUUGUAAGCUACCUUUUUGUGAUAGAAGGAAGUUACUAUAUUUGGUGACGGGCCAUGUAGGUUUACCUGUGCCUGAGCUAUCCUUGAAAGAUGAUUUGUUGGAACGCAGAACCAUGCUGCUUAAAAGGCACAAGUUUGGUGGGAACUGGAAUCACAUGAACCUGGAGGAUGAGUUGUCUUACAAUCCGAUCCAAGUAGAAAUAAAUGAUGAGUUGUGGACGCAUCUUGGUUAUGGAGGAGAUUUUCGCCAUGUGGAUGAUGAGAUUCAGGUACAGGGGACACAGAGGAAGAGCUUAAGCAAGUAUUUCAGAAGUGGGAUCAAGCAUAUUCUGAGGAGGUCUAGCUCAACUGGCUCUUCUUCAAAGCAAGCGUCUUGUAGCAGUGAGAUUAGACGUUUUAAUCUCCAAACGUUUCUUAGCUCUGGUGAUUUUGUUGGUCUUAGUGUUAAAGCAUCAAAGAUUAAGCUGGCUUCUUACCGAGGUUGGCCAAGCAUGCACGAAACUCAUUUCGCACUUUAUAAGCUACCAAUCAAGCAACCUGCUGAGAAUCAAGAGUAUGCUGGUUUGUGGGGAGGAACUUUUGGCUGGCCACCUGGAAAAUGCACUGAAGAUAAACCUGGUAAGGCUCUUUUCUUACUGAUGCUCACUUAUGAAGAAUCUCAAGAUGGUAGUGAGAGACUUCUCAUCGGGACGAAAAUACUGGAAGGGACUCACUAUGUGAUGCAUCCUAAUGGAUCAGCAAUGUUUGUUGUAAAGAUUGGUUCACCUUCUUCUUCUGAGAUCUUUCCUUUUGAUGAUAUAGAAGAAUAUGGUUUUGAGUGUUCUUCUUACACAGGAGAAGGUAUUGCAAAAGGUUAUGGUUUUCGGUAUCCUGGAUACAAACCAGGUUCACUUUUCGUGACAUCUAAUGGUCUUCUCAUGUUUGUUUGGAAAGAAACCAAAACUGUGUUGACGUUGCAAAGACUUAACCUUGAAGAGCUCUUGAAGAAAGGCGUCUGUGUAUCGCCUUUGCCUCCAUGUCUGAACUUUACUUAUUUGACAAAAUCUCACACCAAUGUGUUUGCCUCGGGGAAAAGAACAUCAUAGAAGAAAGACUUCUGCAACAGGUUUUGAAGGUCAAAAAGUCUUGUCUUGUUUCCAUUAUUGAAUGGAAAAACCAUAACAUAAAAGUAUGCUUUCAACAUGUAUGUACUAAGUAUAUGAAACAAUGUAUUGUUAAGGUAAAUUAGAUUUGUGUGUCUGAAUUAAUUUUUAAAACAUUGUAUUGUUGAAUGAA